AACAGAAAGUAGCACCUGGUGGCUGGUUAUUUCCCUUGGCAGUUGGCAAUGUCUUUAGUCUGGAGUCUGGAGAAAUCGACACGGAAUAGACUCUAGAUUCUUGUUAAGACAAAAUGUAUAACCGUGUCAGAAAGCCGAACUACACGCAGGAAGAGACAAUUGCUCUCUUGGAGCAGCUACACAUCUACAAGCACUUGCUCUUCAGAAGAAGCGGUCCAGGGGCUCUCAGCUACAGUCAGCGGGCAGACAUUUGGGCUAAUAUUGCUCAAGUCGUGAAUGCUGUCCCCAAUAGUGCAGAGAGAACGAUAGAGGAGCUGAAACAUCGUUGGAAAGAUAUGUCCCACAGAGCUCGCACAGCACUGAAAUACAUCCGAGAGGCAGAUGCAUCUGGAAAGAAAAUAUUGAAACCGUCUGUGGCUUAUUUCGACAUCAUCAUGGGUAUCCUCGGGGACGAUGUACCUCCACAUAUCAAGUCUGCCCUGCAACCCGAUUUUUUUUCUAUGCCUCGGACAUGGGAGAAUCCUGUUGAAAGUUAUGAAUCUGUUUUGUUUCUGCGGAGCGACGACACAAAAGAGGUCAAACCAGAUCUCUCUCAGAUCAACUGCUCCCCUAUCAGUGGUGGCUGCAUGUAUGUGCCAAAGAAUGUCUCGACGUAUUUCAGUAGGGACAGGGAAAACUCACAGUCUUUUUCCGCUGCUAACAGCAGUCAGCCUUCCCUUGUCCAUAACAUUAAAACAGAGCCUGAAUGGGAAUCCAAUAACAAACAGAAACCUGUGUUGUCAAAGAUAUUUAACAAAGUUUGUGCAAUGAAUGAUAGUUCCAGUGGUGUUUUCACGAAAAAGCUACUCUGUGAAACGGAUAUGGCUGCUGAGCAGAGCUCAAAUGGACUGCAAGGUGUGAUGGCCGGUGGUGAUAGAGCUGAUGCCAUUCCAGUGCCGAUGUCUCAAGUUGACCGCUGCCCGAUGGUGUUAGACCCAAACACAGAGAUGGUUGUGCAUGUUAACCACAGCAAAGACGAGGAGAUCAUGAGAAGUUCUGCUUCGACACCCUUUAGGGAAAAGUCAGAACCAAGAAAAAGGCGAGUAUCGACCCCGCCUCGUCACAGUAGCACGAGCCCCAGCAAGAAACAGAAAGUGCGAGACGGCACCACCUACGACCCAGAGACGGCAGACGCUGAGGAGCUAAAGCGCUGUUACUACAUCAACAAGAUCGAGAUGGUGAGACAGAAGCGAGAGUUCAUUCGCCUUCAAGAGAUGAAGCUGCACAUGGAGCUCAGACUUCUACAGCAGCAGCUGUUUAGCAGCGGGCUCGAGCCAAUGGCCGAGCAGGACAGCCUGGUUGGUCACCGUUCCUCGGAGGCCUCAUCCAGCUUUUUGGGGUUGUCGUCGAGGCAGCAAGACUGCUCACCGCCAUUAGCGGGUCUUCACCAUCCCGCUACGACUUCUGGUUUUACAGGCCCGUUUUCAGGACAGAAUGACUCCAGACAUGGACUGAGAAGGAGUGAGAACUUACCCUUCGUAAAUACAAAUAAUAUAGACGGUGUUGAAAUUGUGAAUGAUGUUGAUUCGUACAGUGUAAGCAGCCGUGGUGAUUUUGAGAAUGAUAACGUAGUCGAUGCGGGAGAAAAUGAUAAUGAAGAAAGUGAUGAUGAUGGCUGUGAUAACAAUAUUGAUGCCAGAAACGAUUCUGGAAUUUGCCAUGAUAAUGACACCAGUGUGAGAGACGAUAAUGAAAGAGAUAAUAAUGGAGGUAAUGAUGUCAAUGUUUUGGAAAAUGGGGAAAGUAGAGAUGGUAAUGACAUUGAUGCUGUUAGAGAACUUGAACAGAACGAAUGUGAUAAUGAUAAUACAGUCAUUACAAGUAUAGAUAAUGGUAAUGGUUUCGUAGUAACUAAUCAGGGUUCAUUUAACCGAACUGAUGACUGCUUUGAAGGAGUUGGUGAUAUUAAUAUUAGUGGAGGGGUCAGCGGUUGCCGUGGUGACGACAGACAUAGUACUAAUAAUAGUACUGAAAAUGACGAAAGGGACUGUGUUCAGCCAGUGGAAAAUCAUAAUGCUGGUAACUGUGGUAAUUAUUCCAAGUUGGAGAUUAGCUCUCUACCGGGAAGUGAAUCUAACAAUGUUCCUAGUCAUACAGAAGAUUUGACGAAUGAAUACAGUGAUCUUUCAUCUGAGGAGUCCUGACUCUGUCUCAUAACUGUCUGUGAAUUUGAAAAACCUUUUAUUAAUGUAAUUUAUUUCAUGUAAUUAGCAUUUUCUCAUUAAAAAGAGUUUAAGUGCUUUUACGUCAAAGUAAUUUGA